CUUCCCUUUAUCUCACUGGAGACUAGUGCAUGUCCCUCCUUUGGUCCUCAAACCUGAACUCACCAGGCACAGGGCACUAUUUUUUGGCGUUGUCCUUUCGGUCUCUUUGCUUUUAGGCGGAAAAGACUCUUAUUCCCUUAACAAGCCAGAAGAAGGGAUGGCAGGAGGGUGUAGGCAGGUGGAGAAAUCCAGUGUUUCUAGAAGACUGUUCAAACCACUGGUCUCACGCUCUUGGUUCAGCGUACGAAGUUUGUGAUUGGGGUUUGGGUGGAAUCAGUUACCAUACGUGUAAUUUCCACAGGCUACUUGAGGCGUAAGUCCUUGUGGACAGAAAGGUGCAAAUGAGGUUGACCGAAGAAACCAGGCUGGUAGCCUGCUGUCGGGUCCCCUUCUGCCCCCAGGGCUCCCUAGGGCCGACGCGCUUUCCCCCCAGCCCACAGAGGGCGCUGUGGGCGAGUCCGCCGUACUGCCGGCGGCGGCCCGGGGAGGGGCCUCUCCCGCCAUCGCGGCCGCCUCCGCGAUCGCAAACCCGGAAGACGCGCUCUAGCAGCUGUGAGUGUGCGCCGGCCCGGCCAUGCAGCCCCUGGAGGUAGGUCUGGUUCCCGCUCCAGCGAGGGAGCCGAGACUGACCCGCUGGCUGCGGAGAGGCAGUGGGAUCUUGGCGCACCUGGUGGCUUUGGGCUUCACCAUCUUUCUGACUGUGCUGUCCCGGCCGGGAACCAGUCUUUUCUCCUGGCACCCUGUAUUCAUGGCCUUGGCGUUCUGCCUCUGCAUGGCUGAGGCCAUCCUGCUCUUCUCGCCUGAGCACUCCCCGUUCUUCUUCUGCUCCCGAAAGGCUCGGAUCCGACUCCACUGGGCAGGGCAGACCCUAGCCAUCCUCUGUGCAGCCCUGGGCCUGGGCUUCAUCAUCUCCAGCAGGACCCGCAGUGAGCUGCCCCACCUGGUGUCCUGGCACAGCUGGGUAGGCGCUCUGACCCUGCUGGCCACUAGUGGUCAGGCACUAUGUGGGCUCUGCCUCCUCUGUCCUCGAGCAGCAAGAGUCUCAAGGGUGGCUCGCCUCAAGCUCUACCAUCUGACUUGUGGACUGGUGGUCUACCUGAUGGCUACAGGAACGGUGUUCCUAGGCAUGCACUCAGUGUGGUUCCAGGCCCAGAUCAAAGGUGCAGCCUGGUACCUGUGCCUAGCACUGCCCCUCUAUCCGGCCCUGGUGAUCAUGCACCAGAUCUCCAGCUCCUACUUGCCAAAGAAGAAAAUGGAAAUGUAAGUUCCUCUGAACUUUGAAUGUAGGUGGGACACUUGCCUUGGACUUAAAUGUUUCCUCUGGUGACCUUCAAGGGAUCCACUUCAGAAGUGGUAGGAUUUUUGUACUUCUUAGCUGGGCCAGGGGCCACAGAAACCCAACCUGCUAUUGCUGACGACGAUUCAGGGGGCCCAAAUGGGGAGAUAUACUGGGUGCAAGUGGAAGGUGAUGGGGGGGGGGGGCUUGGUCCUGAAGCCUCCACUCUUGAUGAGACACAGAAGUGUUGGGCGGCGGUGGUGAUGGUGUUGGCAGUCAUUUCUUGCCUGUGCUCCUGAUGGAGAGUUGGGUUACGGUAACUUAUGAAUGAGCACAGUGGCUCUUUGGGUCUGUUGGAGACAGCAGUGUGGAGAGAGCCCAUGGGUUAUGGUUCCUGUAGGUUCUAAUGUACAACCUUAGGCAAGUCACAUGCCUCAGGACCUCAGUUUCCACAUCUGUGUCAUGGGUGAGUUUCUAAACAAUCUCCCAAUAUUCAGUGUCUGUCAGGUUGAUGUCACAGAACACUCUCCCCGCUCUGGAAUGGUGGCUGGACCACUAAGCAGACUCAGGAUGUGAUUCAUACAUUUGUUAUUCUCUUAUCCCUCUGAAGGGACAGGUCUGUCUUUGUGGCCUUCCAGGAAUCUGUGCCAAUUUGGCUCCUGGACUAGGGCACAGAAGGUCGGGCACUGUGGAAAGAAGGGUCCCAUGUGAGGCUCUUUUGAACUCCAAGACAGUAAAGGCACUAAAGUCACUUUAAAGCUUUUGAAGGAGCAGAAGGGCAUUGGCCUAACCAAGCCUAUGGCUCCUGGCUGGGCGUCUUAGCUCAGUUAAGAACUUCCUUCAGCCCACCUCAGAAUCUGGGCUUGAGGGCUGCAUGUCAUGGGUUCGCACCUUCCCCGACAUGUGUUCUCAGUGGCAAAGUAGUCCUGAGCUUCUCAUGUUCAGCCCUUCCUAGGGCUCACAUUCUUGCCUUAGCACAUAGCUUUAUGUAGGUAUUCUGAAACUUUUAGAGCACACUAAGAGCUAAGGAAGAGGGGUAGGGCUUUUCUGAUCUAGGGAAAACAAAGUCUCCCUGGUCCCUUUCUCAGCUAAGCUUUUCUCAGUUGCGGUCUCUUGCCAGCUCUUUGGUCUAGGAGGGGGCUGAGUUAGUUGCCAGUUGGCAAAAAAGGGCCGGGUCCUCUUCCCUGCAGAGACCCCUCCUUGUUCCAAACUGAAUCUAGUUCCCCAGACCAUUCUCAGUGGUGAGGGCUGGAUGCCGGACUGGUUAACUGUGAUCUGGCUUGGUCUCAGAGAUGGGACCUUCAUAGAUCAUGACAAGGACUGAAGAUGGCUAAGCCAGAAAAGCUGAUGUUGAGGCAAGUAAAGACAGCUCAGGGGAUACUCUGGGAGGUCUGGGUAUAGGGGCUGGAGCUCCAGGUCCCAGGAGCAGGGCAGGCGUUCCUAGAUGGCAAUAAUUUAGAUGUCCCAGGUCUUCCUAAGAUGUAAGAGCUUCCUGUCUGGGUGGCUCGGAAGCAAGGAGGUUGGUAUGAUUUAACAGUCCAGGAAUUGGGACUGCGAGGGCACAAGCGUCCUCUGAGUGGAUCUCAUUGGGUCAGAUGGCAUCUCCAGGAGCUCUCCAGACCCAGAGCAUCUAAAGGGGGUCUCUGCUGUUCAGAGGGUGAUUAUACCUGUCUUAUUGUCUGCUCUUCUCUCUCAAACUACCCAAUGUGGUCUGAACUUGGAGAAGAUGGUUCCUGGGGCAUUCUUCCCUAGUGUCACUUGGAUCAGGGACUCCCAUCUCCUCUCCCCCUGUCACAGCCAGUGCUGGGAGUCCCAUCCUGUCUACAGCAGGGUGACAGGGCCGGUGAGGUUCACCAGCUUCUGCGAGCCAAGCAGGCAGCGCCAUAAAGCCUGAGCCUGCCUGAGGUGUUGCCUCCUCCCAGGUGGUGCGGGGGCUGGUGGGCGGGCGGGCAGGCGGGCUGACAGCCGGCAGUUUGCGUGGGCUGUGCCAGCUGAUGUCUAUUCCCAGCCCUCGGAGGAAGGGGGAAGUCAUUUAUAUUCUGCAGGAGGAAGGGGCGCCAGCUGUCACCUAUCUGACCAGGAGGCCUGGAGGGCAAGGGCACAGGGCCGAGAGGAGGGCACAGGUGGUCUUCUGCUUAGCCUGACUGCAGUAUAGGGAGUAGGUCACCAGGAGGAGCCCUUCUUCCCGGUUGGCCAGGUUGGGGGGGGGACUUCCGCCCCCCUUCUCUGAAUCCCAUCACCACCUGCCCUCACAUCCUGGGCCAGCAGCUGGACAACCAUUAGACCUCAGUGCCAGGGCACUCUUCCUCCAGCUGGGAAGAGGUAGCUGCCUGCUACAUAUGCCUUCUGCUUGUGUGUUUCCUCCUCCCUACACCCUCUGUUACCCCCACCUCUCUUUAUCUCCCCAUCUGGGAUAUUAGCUGGGCUCCUCAGCAAUGAGGCAGAGGCCUUGGGGGAAGAAGCAAAUGUCUACCCUUUUGCCCUUGUUCCCUGGCUAGGGAAAGCUGCUAGUAGUCAGCCUAUACUGUCUUUUUUAAAAAAAGCCAGGGUGCUCAAAUUUAAAAAAAAAAAAAAAAAAAAAAAAAAAAAAAGCAUGUCAUUUGCACAAAUUUGCAUAUCAGGCUCACUAAGACUUGAUUCCAAAUAUGAUAUUUUAAACUCAACCUUGAGGACAUUAGAAAUGUAGAUGUUUUUUGUAACCAAAUCCAAAUGGUAACAGGAUUACCAGUCUGGGUUCAGACCCCUCCCCCAGCCCCCAUCUUUCCCGUAACCACUCCCCUUGAGCCCCACCAGAGCUGGGGUUGGUGUUGAACGGCAGGAGCCCUGUGUCUUGGGGAAUUAAUUCUUCCAGCCUCACCUUCUUGGCUGUUCAGCUGCAUCAAAGGUAGGCCGCCGCCCCUUGCCAGCCUGUUUUCUCCUCUCCCUAGCAUCUCACAGGGCAGACUGCCCAUCCCAGUCCCUGACACCGGCCUGUCCCUUCUUUCUCAUUGUCUUCACCCUUCCACCCCCGUGCAUGGCUGCUCUGGGUCUUGUUUUUCAAACCUCACUGUGGGAGAUCUAGGCAUCUUCCCUGAGCCAGCUGGCUGCUGUGCCAAGGCCUGUUCAGAGUUAACAAUAAUCAUUAGCUGCACAGUGCUGGGGCCUUUCAGCUCCAGGGCUCUAGGCACUUGCAGGCUGAGUCAGCCAGCCCUCACCUUCCCCCUCCUUCUGGGCAGCUAGAGUGUAAUGGAAUGGGGAGGGGGUGGUCAGAGUCUCACUUCCUAACCAUGGCUUGAGGCUGCUUUCCUUUGGGAGUGGGCCUUGAGCUUCCUCUAGGUAUAUUACUAAGGCCUUUUCACCUGACAGAGAUCAAGACAGGAACACAGCGUAGGCUCUGCUGAGAGUGGCAGUGGCCGUCAUUGACCCUGAACCUCCAGUACUCCUGUCCUUCCUUCUGUUAUCUGUCUUAACUUCGAGAGGACACCCCUGGUCCUGAUGCCCCAAUCUCAGCAUUUCUGGUGGCCCUUUGCAACCUUAGGGAGCAGGGAGGCUUCUGGGGUAGUGCUCCACUCUUCCUGUAUCCGGUUGACCUAAGAGCCUGUGUAUCAUGCAGUAAAAAGCACACUGACCUGGGAACCAGGAGGGCUGCAGUCUACAUUUGCUCAGCUCCUAACACUGGUGUGGCUGUGGGCAAAUCACUUACUGUUUGACCUACCUCACAGGGAUGUUGUGAGGGUUUGAUGAGAAAAUGCAUGUUAACAGGCAUUGGAAAGUCCAAAGUAUUAAAUGUAAACAGGUGAUAGUA